AUGCUCCUCGAGAAGCGCUUGCGUAUCCAUAACAGCUGCCUCAGCGAGCCCGUGUGGAUUGCCCACAUGGCCGGCUAUGGCACUGGCCCGGACAACCAGAACAUCAAGAUCGGCCCGGGCGAGAUGUUCGACUUUGUGACCUGGACAGGGCUAAGUAGCACGCGCUAUUGGCCCAAGUUCCGGUGCGACGAAUGGGGCAACAACUGCAAGAUCGGCGAGAGCGGAGGCCCAGGCCAGACCUGCAAGGAGUGCGCGCCGCCUGUGGACACAAAGUUCGAAGCCACCUUUGGAGAUGCCAGCUUGGCCUGCGACAUGUCCAAGGGCCAGUCAUUGGGCUGCGACUGGGUGGAUGUGAGCCUGGUGGAUGGGUUCACCGCACCCUUCCAGCUGGCCAUCCGCGGGAGCUGCUACAACAGCUCCGGGCACUUGAUGCAAGACAGCCAGAAGCACUUGGACUGCUCCCGCCUGGAUAUGCGGCAUUGCCCGCGGGAGGAGAAGGUGGCGCUGCCAAAUGCACAGGGCAUCCCCGAGGUUAAGACCCUGGAUUUGCGCGCCACCCGCGGCGAGGAGGCUGCGGGCUGCUACUCGCCGUGCAGCAAGCUCACCCUUCGCCAGUGGGGCAACGUGGAGGCCUUGGGCCGUGCCCCGGCGGACGAGGCCAUGCGGCCCUACUGCUGCCCCACGCCCCCCACGUCGCCGGCCACCUGCCGCGCCGGGCCGGUGAAGUACAGCAGAUACGUGGAGGCCAUUCACAGUAUGUGCCCCGGCGUGUACGGGUUCUCCUACGACGACGGCAUGGGCCUGGUCACCUGCGAACCAACUGCCAGGUACCUCUUCACCAUCGGUUGCCCAAAGCUGGCGGAGCCCGCGGCGCCCGCUCCGGCACCUGCGCCGAAGCCUUCGCCGGCGCCAAAGAAGCUUUCGCCGGCACCAAAGGAGCCUUCGCCGGCACCAAAGGAGCCUUCGCCGGCUCCAAAGGCCUCGCAUCUGCGAAAGCCGAGCCCAGAAACCCCGCAGCGGCUGCCGACACGACCGCAGGCCGACCUCAAGAAGGAAUGCCAGGUGAACGGCCUCGCGAAAUGCCAAGACGGCACAACCUGCGGCAAUGCCACCACCCCGUGCUGCCCAGACGGAAGCCUGUGCCCCUCCAGCAGCGAUGAACACUCCAAGCUCUGCGUCCACCCCAAGCGUCUGAAUUGCGUGAGGCACCAGACCAAGAAGUUUGCGGCGGAAGAGAAGGAGAUGUGCGGGGUUGGAGAUUGGGUGGCCUGCGACCAGUCGGGCGCCUACUUCUGCGCCGGCGACGUGUGCUGCCCCAACGGCAACACCUGCCCCUCCGGUAACCAAAACACCGCCCCCAACUGCGGCAAGAAGACGAUCAAUUGCGCCCCGGCUGGCUUUUGCCUUGCGGAAUGA